AGGCACGCUGUCACUCGCAAGUGGGUGAGCGACUCAUGUGGGCGCUGGACGAUCGUCGGUGAGUUGUUGGCCGAACCAGGGAUGUCACUAGUCUGGCAGUCGGUGCAGGGGUUAUUCGCGGCCGUACAUGACAUGGGCCCGAAUCCAUGGAUCGAGGUCAUCGUGAGUGAGACAUGGCGGUUCCUCAGCAUGGUAUCGCAUUGGUUCUAGGCUGUCGGCCGGCGGUGGCUUGUUUUUAUGGCCUUGGUGCUGCACUCGAACCCACGGGGAUUGGCCACGGCCCAGCCUCCAUUGACCCGUUCAUUGAGCCUGCAGCUGGAACGUGGGGCGGGCAUUGCAUGGGGAACAUAGGCUCACCACGAGUGAGAGAAGAGUCAACAAAGCGACGUCAUGGGCCUCGUCGGAUCUUACAGGCGGGAAGUGUUGUUGGUUUCCGCUGCCGAGGGCGAGGGAGUGCAUGGCCGGGGAGACUAUCAACUCUAGUCCCGGACUGAGUCGGUGACGAGGAACCUACAGCCGGUGAGCAAGGAAUAUGGGUUUUCUGGGGUGGGCGGCCGACAAGGGACAAGGGCUGUGAU